AUUACCGCAAACAUGCCGACUCAAGAUGGUCCAACACAUACUAAAACCUAUCUCCCGACAUCCAUGACAGCCCAUCUGCCAAAGACACGUGAUGAUGAGGCUUGGGGUGCACAGAUACGUACUCACUACACUGCCGAGGAGAAUAAUGAUAAGCUACCGGCCAAUCUCGGAGUGCUCGAGGCAGAACGCGAGAAGAGGAAAAAGAACUAUGCUCAGAUCGCCCACGACUACUAUGAAUUGGUCACCCUGAACCUCGAGUUUGCUUGGAACAAGAAGUUCCAUUUUGCUCCGUUCCUCGAUGACAAACAGUCAAUCCGAGAGGCGUUGGCUGCACAUGACCAUUACCAAUUUAUGACCAUGGGAGUCAAACCAGGUAUGCGAGGCUUGGACGCUGGUUGUGGUGUUGGCGAGCCUGCUCGUCAGUAUGCGACAUGGGCCGACGUCCAUGUCACUGGUGUUACUAUCACCGAGUACCAAGUCGAACGUGCAAACAUGCACGCUGAAACCCAAGGUAUAUCUGACAAGGUUGAGUUUGUUUGGGCAGACUUCUGCGAAGCCACUUGUCAUGCUCCUGAACUGCGCGAUGUCUAUGCCGAAAUAUGUCGCGUUCUCAAGCCCGGCGGUGUCGUUGGUAUAGGUGAAUGGUGCAUGACCGACAAGUUCGACCCUGAGUAUCCGCAACACCUCGAUGUGCGCCGCAGAAUCGAACGUGGUGACGGUAUCGCCAACAUGAAGACCACCAAGGAAGCCAUAGCCGAAUUUCAGUUUGCCGGUUUCGAGGUCACUCAUGUGGAAGACCAUGCACUCAAGGGCUUACAGAGUCGUCCUUGGUGGACCCCUCUAGACGGCGAUACUUCGAAAUUUCCCGAUCGAAGCGAUUGGUGGAUGGUGCUUUGGCUCAAGCCUGCGGUGUGGAAAGCCGUAAAAGCUUGGGUUUGGUUCAAAGGCAAGAUUGGCAUGUUCAGCAAGGUUGAUACUGACUCNCUUCUUGAGGCACUCAACACACAGGGACAAUCCGUGUGGGGUCUUAGAGAUGGUGGUAAAUAUGGAAGCCUGAGAACUGGAUUCAUCCACAACCCGAGAAGGCUAGAGAGGCUGCAGAAAGAGUGGCAGGUGCAGCAAAGGCCAAAACUGUUUGAGGUGGGGUUUUGA